CGAGUUACAUGUUGCGUAUGGAAGGCAGAAGCGUUCGAUAAAGACGUGGUACAUCGAGACAAGGCUGGUUGUCGAUCCAACCAUGUACCAUUUUCAUAGAACUCGUGAUAACGCCAUAGCUUACACAUUGAUGGCUUUCAAUAUUGCAAGCAAGUUGUACACCCACCCUAGCAUUGGGGCUAAGAUAUACUUGACGUUAUCUGAAUUACACGUUAUCCAAACAUAUAAUGACUUUGCAUCAGAACUGACAGAAAAUGCCAACAAGACACUUCAGACAUUCUGUGAUUGGCAGUCCGGUCUAACGACUGGAAAAGCAGAUUGCAGCGUUCUUUUGACAAGGCUGGAUCUUGAGGAUGACAAUGGUACCAAAGGCAUAACUGGUCUUGCAUACACAAACAAAAUGUGUAACAAGAAUCUAAAGUGCGGGUUGGUAGAAGAUGAGGGGCCCAUUAUGGGAAUUGCAUUGGCACACGAAAUUGGUCACUUAUUGGGUAUGACUCACGACAAUCAAACAGAUGAUGUUGGUAUAAUGUCUGCAGGCGGUUGGAGCGGUAACGAAGCGUUCACAUGGUCAAACCAGAGCGCUUUUGAGUUACAGCGGUCACUUGCGUCUAGAGGGCUGUCGUGUAUAGAAGACCGGCCGAAUGGCUUUGUAGAAAACAGGAUGGAGUUUCCUUUGCCAGGGACGUUGUAUACGGCCGAUCAGCAAUGCAAAAUGCAGAAAAACGAGAGUUAUGUAUUUUACAGAACGGGUAACAAGACAAUCGACCCUUGCAGAAACAUUCGAUGUAGAUUCCAAGGCAACACAGCUUUGCGGUUUUCUUCACCACUUCUGGACGGCACUGACUGCAACAAUACAAGAAUGUGGUGUAUACAGGGAAAGUGCAUGCCAAUAGAUAAGGAACACGAGUCGGUGGCACCAGUCGAUGGCAGUUGGUCGGCUUGGGAGACAGAUUAUUCGGCCUGCAGUAGAUCCUGUGGCGGUGGGGUCCAAAUAAAAAGACGAAAGUGCAACAACCCGCCUCCGCAGUAUGCAGGAAAGGACUGCCCCGGAAAUUCUACUAGAGGAAAGAUAUGCAACAUUCAGGCUUGUGAUUCAGACUACAGGACUUUGCAAUGUUCCAGAUUUUCGAUGGGAAAAUAUUCGCCCGUGAUGAUACCAGCACUUGGAUCUCUAGGUGAUGAGAGCUGCAGUGUAAUUUGUAAGAAUGAUGGAACCAUUGCGUAUGUACGUACAAGUUACGCAGACGGCACUGAAUGUCUCUUAAACAAGACGGCACCUUUCUCUCGCUGUGUGAACGGAAAAUGUCAGGACUUCGGAUGUGACGGCUAUUCUAGUUCGGGACUAAAGUAUGACGAAUGUGGAGAGUGCAACGGCAAAGGCACCACGUGCAAACAUAUAUCCAGAACUUACCAUGAAGAUUAUGCUCCACACAAGUAUACAAACGUGACGACGAUCCCAGCAGGCAGUUCUGGUAUCCGUUUACAGCAACAUAAUAAAUACUGCUUUCUCAGUAUGCUUGUUGAAGGCAAGAGAAUAUUGAAUGCAGGAAUGGAAAAAUCAAGGUCGGCGCUCUUCAACUUAUAUGGCGUACAGUUCCGUUAUAUGGAUAAUACAGAGAUGAUUGAAAUUGUAGGAAAACUAACCAAAGAUGUUGUUAUACAGGUAUUUCGACUGUAUGAUCACCACUCGUAUGCAAAUGUAACCCCUAAUGUCACCUAUACAUACCACAUUCCGAGUCCUCAAGCACACCAAUUAUAUGCCUGGGCUGAAAUACCCAGUGGAAGCUGUUCACUUUCUUGUGGAACAGGUGUAACUUCUAAAGAUAUAAAGUGUAUGAGUGUGAGCGGAGAUUUUGUUGAUGACUAUCAUUGUGACUUCAAAACAAGACCAAAGAAAACAUAUUCUCUGUGUAAUACACAAGCCUGUCCACCAAGCUGGAAGACAUCAGAAUGGGGUCAGUGUUCCGUUCCGUGUGGAAAUGGGACAAAGUCUCGAUCAGUUUCAUGUGUCAGCAUGACUAAUGGCAUUGAUAAGGUUGUUUCUUCUGAUAAAUGCAAUGACUCAUUAAAGCCCCAUUUUACCUCACGAUGCAUCAAUAUAUGUGGAUGGAGGAAGGGAAAUUGGUCAAAGUGUUCACGAUCAUGCGGAGAGGGCUAUCGGACACGUAGUGUAUCUUGUUUACGGUAUAGCGGUGUUGAUACAGAAAUUGACAGUAAAUAUUGUGAUCAGCACACCCGCCCUGACGAUACAGAUAGAUGUCGCAGUGGGCCUUGUUAUGGCAAUGGAUCGUGCGUUGAUGAGGUAACGUGUCAGAGAGUUGAUCCAGGAGCAGAUGCAUGUUUUAACCCGAAAUACAAAAUAUGGAUGCUGACACAUUGUCCUCAGUCAUGCAAUAUUUGUCGUGACUGUGAUGACUGCUCAAAAUACGAUGUAAAGUAUUGUAAAGACAGCGCAUUUGAGAGAUAUAUGAGGAAAAACUGUCGUAAAACAUGCAAUUUCUGUCAGUAGUUUCACCGCAGGAACCUGUAAAAGACCUGCUAAUUUGUUAGCACAUGUGUUGAUAAAAUAUACUGAAAUAAA